AUGAAGAUUAUCGUCACAGGAUGCACAGGUCUAGUCGGCUCUGAGGUGGUUCGCUCAGCCAUCAGACACCAAUUCAUCACACACGUCUACGCCGUUACCCGCAAACCCCUCGACCCCAAGAUUGCAAACAACCCAAAGGUCACCCAGAUCAUUCACGAGGACUUUGAGCAAUGGCCCGACCACUUGCUGAGGUUGUUUGAGCAUGAAGGUGUCAGAGGCUGUAUCUGGACAGAUGAGCUAACCACUCCACCAACACAGGNNUGCAUCGGCGGCUGGGUCAACAACUUCCCUUCUCUAGAAGAAGCCCAACGCAUCAACAUCGCUCUCCCUCAAACCGCUGCCGAAACCUUUUCCUCCUCUCUCGCUCCCUCUUCCGCCGAAAUCUCCCAGUCCAAAGACAAACGCGGCAUCGCCUUCCGCUUCAUCUACAUGUCCUGCCACGGCGCAGAGCAAAACCCCUUCGCCUCUCUCUGGUGGAGCGCCGACAGCAGAAAGAUGAAAGGAGCCGCCGAAAAAGGCCUUUUCGAGCUGGCCGAUUCACGCACACCAGGCAGUUUCGAGUGCUAUAGUUUGAGACUGGGAAAGGUGCUUGCUGGUGGCCAGAGUGUGUAUAACUUGGUGACGAUGGGUAGUAGCCAGAGUAUCGCUGAUACUUUGGUGGCGAGGUGUGCUAUCAAUACUGUGCUUGAUGGCCGCACCAAGGAAGAAGGAGGUAGGAUUUUGGAGAAUGUCGAUUGUUUGGGUGAUGAUUGGGCUACAAUCAACACUUUGGCUAUCGAAUAA